UUUUAGCUACAGUUUUAGUAUGCAAGGUGUGCAGUUAACUUGCUAACAAUUUGGCUCUCAAAAAAAUUACCUAAAAAUUGACAUGAUUGAUCAGGUGUUUGUGGCCGUAGUCGCCUUUUUAUUGUUCGUUUAUUUUCUGAACAGCAAUAAGCAUUUACCACCGGGUCCUCUACGAUUGCCAGUACUCGGUAGCAUAAUACAACUUUACUUGGCAAAUCCAAAAUUUCCACAUCUGGCAUUUUCGAAAAUCUCUGAGAAAUAUGGUGACAUUUUCAGCUUCGGAUUCGGAUCUAAGCUUGCUGCCGUGGUGUCGUCCUACGAAGGUAUGCAUGAAAUUUUUAAGCUUAAUGAAACAAACCACAGCCGUUACAAAAUGCCAUUUGUUGAGGACAGAAAUUACGGAAAGAAUCUUGGAAUUAUCUUUGGAACUGGACAAAGCUGGACGGAAAUGAGACAAUUCACAAAGAAAGCCAUGAGAGAAUACGGAUACGGCAAGGUCAAAAUGAUGCACUCAUUGAUCGAAUCAGCUAAUGAACUAGUUGAUGUCAUCAAAACUGGUCUGUUAGAUUCUAACGAUAGUACUUUAACUGUAAAAACUUCGACGUUUUCCGUACACGUACUUAAUAUCGUAUGGGCUAUGUUUGGAGGAUAUAAAUUCGAUCCAAACGAUGAACGUUUGAAGCGGAACAUGAAAUGUGUUGACAAAGCUGUACAGAUUUACGGAAAUCAAAAUUCUUACAAUGCGUUCCCGUUCAUGAAGACGUGGUUUCCAAAACUAGUCAAUUAUCCUGAACAUUUGAAAAUACAUGAAGAAAUUCAUGGAUUUUCCAAGUUCCUCAUAAACGAUGCUGUAGAGAAACGAAGCGAAAGAUUGGAGACAGAUCCAACGUCUGUUAUCGAAACAUUUUUAGAUAAAAUUGAGGAACAGUGUGGAAAACCAGACACCGCUUUUACACAGGAACAGCUAGAAAUUAUCGUGGAAGAUUUAAUACUCGGUAGCUUGGAAACAACGGGAAACCUCCUAAAUUGGGCCAUAUUAUUCAUGGUACUAAAUCCGGAUAUACAGAACAAAGUUCGGCAGGUGAUUUUCGAGAAGGAAGCUAAAAAAGACCUACUCACUGCACUGGAAUUGAAAAGAAUACCCUAUUUUAAGGCCACAAUAUUGGAAAUUUUUCGUAUGGGAGAUGUCGCUCCAAACCCAGGUACAAGGCUUGCCACUGAUGAUAUUAAAGUUCGAGAUUACAUAAUUCCAAAGGGCACAAUACUUUUUUACAACUUGCACUCGAUCUAUAACGACAAAAACUAUUGGAAAGAUCCCGAAACAUUCAGGCCAGAACGAUUUUUAAACGAGAACGGGGAAAUCGAUAAUUCAAAGUCCGAAAGGAUAUUGAACACAGUGUUCGGUGUUGGAGCACGAGUGUGUUUCGGUGAAAAUAUCGGUCUGGAUUCAUUUUACACGUACCUUGCGGCAUUGAUUGCAAAUUUCAAAUUUGAAUCAAUUCCUGGACAAGAACCGUCAGCAGAAAAUUUUCAUUUUGCUCUCACUGUCUGCCCUGAUGAAUAUAAAGUGAAAGUAACACAAUUAAGUCGAUAAUUCACCAAUGUUUAAAUUGUGCGAAUAAAAUAACAAAUAAAAUUUUCACGUUCUUAAGAUGCUCAUAUGAUCCAAGCAU